AUGCAGCAUCGAUCGUAUCAUCGAAAAGAAGAUCAGCAACAACGACAUUCAAAAAGCAAUGGUAGUAGCACCGGUACGAAAUCGAUUGUUUGGUAUCAAGAAAUAUACAAAAAGUAUGGCUACGAACCAAAGCACAACAGUAAGCCUACGUUCUUCGGCCCUUACUUACUACUACAAACCUUGGGUGAAGGUGAAUUUGCAAAAGUCAAAGCGGGUGUUCACGGCCAAUUGAAUCAAGAAGUGGCCAUUAAAUUGAUGAAAAAGGAGCAUAUUCAAAGUGCCGCGUUAGAAGCGAAACUUAAAAGAGAGAUCACUAUACUCAAGUCCGUCAAUCAUCGACAUAUCGUUAAGCUUUUUGAAGUCUUGACCAUAAAGAAUUAUAUUGGGAUCGUGAUGCAACGUGCAGCAGGUGGUGAACUAUUCGAUUAUAUUUUGAAGCAGCAUUUCCUACAAGAGCCUGAAGCAAAACGAUUAUUUGCUCAACUUAUAAGUGGAGUGGAUUAUAUGCAUAAAAAACAGAUUGUACAUAGAGACUUAAAGUUGGAAAACUUGCUUCUCAGUAAAGAGCGUAACAUAAUAAUCACUGAUUUUGGGUUUGCCAACAGUUUUACUACUGAAAUGAACGACAUGAUGGCUACUUCCUGUGGUUCCCCUUGCUAUGCUGCACCUGAAUUGGUCAUUAGCGAAAGUAGCACCUAUGCUGGUACAGGUGUUGAUAUUUGGUCAUGUGGUGUCAUCUUAUUUGCCAUGCUUUGCGGAUAUUUACCGUUUGACGAUGAUCCUACAAAUCCUCAAGGAGCCAAUAUUAAUGCGUUGUACAGAUAUAUAGUCAGCACGCCUGUUCAGGUUCCUAAGACGAUCAGCGCAGAAGCCACUCAUUUACUACGUCGGAUGCUCGUACCAAACCCUGUUAAACGAUGCACGAUAGAUGAAAUAAAAAAGCAUCCGUGGUUACAAGAGCAUGCUCAUAUAUUUGAGGAGAGUGCCGAUGCCGAUCAGCCUUCAGUAGUAAUAGAUAAAGCAAAGCGA